AUGUAUCCCUGCCUCGCUUUCAGUCACAACCAGUCCAGUAUCAGGUCCACUCCGAGCGAAGCCAGCCCGACCCUCAUCAAUCAUGUUUCCGCUAUCACUGACAGCUUUAUGGGCGAUGGCUACUUCAACUCCUUCGACUCGGAGGCUCCUAGAGCCCCUCCCCCAUCUCUGGACAACGACACUCUACUCGAUAUUCAUCCCCGCAAGACCUCCUUCUCUGAUGUACUUGGAAUGAGCAGCGCCUGCGCUUUCCCCUCUUGGCCCAAGCGCCCCAGUCUGCUGAACUCAGACUCGGAGGGAUCCACUGCCACUGCUUACCUCUCAGACGAGGACCUACUGUUCUCUAGUGGCCCUGCUUCCUCCUCGGAGUCGGCUAUUGAAGAGGAAUCAGCUGCUCAGGAACCAGCCAUGGGCGCUCAUUCCUUGACCACCGAACAACAGAUCCAGAUGGUGCGCGCUGCUGUUGAAGAAGAAGCUCAUCGUGCCCGUUUCCUGGCUCAAGUUCAAGCACAUGCGCGCGCCCAGCAAGCUCUUCGUGUAGCUCAGAUGGCUGCGACAGAAAAGGAGAACACAAAGAGCAAGAAGCGCAGAACUUUCUCGGACAAGAAGAGACGCGCGACAUUCGUCAGGACCAUUUCCAGUCGUUCUUAG